GGGAGGCGGCCGCGGUGGCUGGCAAGUAGGCCUGAGAACGACAUGUCCCCGGCGGUUGAGGCAGAGCAGCUCGUGGCGCUGUUUCUCUGAGUCCAGGGCGGCCUGGAGGCCGGCUGAGGACGAGGGUUGGCGGAGGCUGCCCCCGCGGUGGUGGCCGCCAUGCUGGGGGCCCGGGCGGUGGAGGGAGCCGCCGUGGCGCUCCUGCGACUGCUGCUGCUGCUGCUGCCGGCGCUCAGCGGGCCAGGGCUCGGCGUGGUCGGCUCGGCGGGAGCCGGGCUGCCCGAGAGCGUGAUUUGGGCCGUCAACGCGGGCGGCGAGGCGCAUGUGGACGUGCACGGGAUCCACUUUCGCAAGGACCCUUUGGAAGGCCGGGUGGGCCGAGCCUCUGACUACGGCAUGAAACUGCCAAUCCUCCGUUCCAACCCCGAGGACCAGAUCCUAUAUCAAACAGAGCGGUACAAUGAGGAGACCUUCGGCUACGAAGUGCCCAUCAAGGAGGAAGGGGACUAUGUGCUGGUGUUGAAAUUUGCUGAGGUCUACUUUGCACAGUCCCAGCAGAAGGUAUUUGAUGUGCGGUUGAAUGGCCAUGUCGUGGUGAAGGACUUGGAUAUCUUUGAUCGUGUUGGGCACAGCACAGCUCAUGAUGAAAUCAUCCCUAUGAGCAUCAGAAAAGGGAAGCUGAGCGUCCAGGGGGAGGUAUCCACCUUCACAGGAAAACUCUACAUCGAGUUUGUCAAGGGGUACUACGACAAUCCCAAAGUCUGUGCGCUCUACAUCAUGGCUGGGACGGUGGAUGAUGUACCAAAGCUGCAGCCUCAUCCAGGAUUGGAGAAGAAAGAAGAGGAAGAGGAGGAAGAAGAAUACGAUGAAGGAUCUAAUCUCAAAAGACAGACCAAUAAGAACCGGGUGCAGUCAGGCCCCCGCACGCCCAACCCCUACGCCUCGGACAACAGCAGCCUCAUGUUCCCCAUCCUCGUGGCCUUCGGUGUCUUCAUUCCAACGCUCUUCUGCCUCUGCCGGUUGUGAGAACAAAUUGCAUCCUGAACAGGGUGGAAGGGUGUGGGAAAGAAACCAAACAUGUUGGUUUGGUUUCUGUAUUUUUCAUAGUGAUUAACAAAAACAAACAAACUAAAAAAAACACAAAAAAAUUAAAGGAGAUAAAAAGAGGCAGAUUGAGUAGAGAGCAGCCCUCGUUCACCACCUGGUCCCAGACCUGCUUCAGUCCUAGUCCUCUCUUUGUGGCUGGCCCCCAGCCAUUUCUUUCUUCUCUAGGGUACUUAGGGUAAACUGGGUCCUACCUGUUCAAGGAUCCUCGUCUGUAUACCUAGUGGAAAGGACUCUGAACUUGGAGCAGACACCUCUUUUUCGGUUAGAAUUUAACAGCAGGGAAAGGUCAUCUCCUUACCCGAGAGGACCAGUGCUGGGAGUUGGGCAUGUUCUGAAGUUAUGUCCAGAUACAUUUCCAGAUGCCCUGGGAUUGAGAGUAUGUGUGGUGUGUGUGUGUGUGUGAGUGAGUGAAGAUGUAUAAUGUGUAUGAUAAAGAUGAAAACAGAAGGGGAUUUUUAAAAGGAAAGAAAAGUAGAUACUUUCUUACUUGGAAGCCUUUCUGGUUUUAGCCCUAUGAUGGUUCCACCUUCAGUGUUUGAGCUUUAUCAUUGCUUGUCUCCCUAACAUGUGCCAGUCAGAGGACUGUCUGGUAUCCAAGACGAUUAGUUUAUGUCAGGUCCUCAAAUUGCCUCUGACUUGUUACAACAAAUCAUUUUUAUUUUAGUGCCUGUUGGGGACUUGAUUUCUUCGCUCUUUCUCUCUUUUUUUUUUGUUUUUUUGUUUUGUUUCCUUAAUCUGGCUCAUUUGAAAUCUCUUGUCUCUCUCAACCAUCUCACUAAAUUAUUGCCAAAAAGGGAAGGAGAUGUGAGGACUUGGGAUUCCGUCUGCUUGAAUAUCUUAUCAUCUACCACUUCACCUUGAUGGUACCUCCCUCCCUGGGUCUCUGAGCCAGCAGCCAGCAGCCAGGAAGACCUGACCCAGCAGUUCUGUUACUGGCCCCUUUGUGGGGUCUUGCUGCCAGGAGACAGAGACGCUUUCCAGCCUGCAGCAACAGAACACUUGACCUUAGUCUCUUCUGGUCUUGGGAUUAGAAAAGGCUUAUGUUAGCAUAAUUUAAGAGCACCCUCAGAGACUUGAGUCCUACUAAGUGACUGACCACUGUUUAGAGUGUCUAGAAUCUGAUGUUCAUUUACUCCUAUGUCCUUCUAUGUCACAGUUCAACCAGUUUUGGGCUAUGCCUAGAGCUGCCCCAAGGAAAUAGACUGGUUGUCUAUAUCUGACCCAGUGACACUGCUCACUGAUCUUAAUAGUAUGCCCCUCUGUCCAUUCAUUUUCCUAUCCAAGUAGCAGUCAGAUUCUUGGUGUGACAAGGCUGAAAGAUUUCCAGUCAGCCAUAGUCCUGGCGGUUCUGAAGUCAACCUUAGCAUCUAAGUGUCUGUUUUGAAUUCCCUGGAAAUUUUUCUGCAGAAAAUGAAGCUUCCCUGAUUCCCUCUUUUCUGGUCAUUGUCACCUUUCUCCCAGCUACAAGGAGUUUUGUAAAGGGAAGGCAGCAAGAUUAGUUUCUGCUUGAGCUAGAGCAGCAAAGAAUAUCAGGCCAGAUCAAUUUUUUUUAAGAAUAUGUUUAAUUUUGAGUUUCUCCUUUGAGGUAUGUUUUUAAAGAGGCUCCAUCUUUGUUAGUGACAAACUAAGUAGCUCUUGGGCUCAUAUCCUGGGUUUUGGCUUUUACUGAGUUCCUCCAGGCCAGCAUUUUGUUCUUUGAUUGUUGUAGCCCUUUAUUUUAGCUGUGACAUAGGCCUCAGUGCUAGGGUAGUGAGUCAGGCGGCUGGACAGCUGCGGCCUGGGCUGCAAUCAGAGGAACACUUUUUGGAGUGCUUCACAAGCUCCCUGCUUUAAAGGAUGUCCUGUGGCCUUGAUCCUGGGACCACCUGCCUGGGGCAGUGGACAUCCUGACUGUUAACUGGGCUUCUCACAGUGGCUUUGAUUCCCAUUCUAUCACAACUCCCCAAAGCCCGAGGCCACUGCCAGGACAGUUGACAAGACGAGAAAGGAAGACUUGCUGCCUCCGUUCCGCCUUGUUAGUUUGCCUGGGUUUCUCUGAGGAAGGAGGGGUCCGGGCCUCCUCACCUCAACCCAUCCCUUCAGUGACUCAGAGUCUCAGAAGGAAACCCUGGCUCUUGGGGCCAUUUCCUAACGGUACUGUAAGCCAAGCAGCUUUGCUCUGCCUGUUUCCAAGCCCACCCUUUUCCCCUGAGCUCAGGGAUAGGGAUGGGCACUUUCCUCUUUGGUUGUGUCUGAAAGGAAGGAACAUCUUUCUAUGGCUGACAAAAACUAAAGGGGAAAUGAGGAAACAGGAAGAGAUGGUGGGGGCUGGGGUCGAGUCCCCUGGAGCCAAGGGCUGACACAGCUGGCUCAUGAUGCUGAACUUGAAAGCUUUUUUUUUUUUACUCCUCCAAGAUGAUAUAGGUACAUGAAGUUUAGGUUAAAAGGGUGGGAUGGGGCACUCUUUAUUUUUAUUUUUGUAUUGUUUGGGUCAAGAAUUACUCUGUAGUUCAUUUUUUGCUUUUUGCACUGUUUGUUCCCGUGCCUGUAUUUUGAGCUAGUGCUAGGACUGAGAGCCUGCACUGCCGGGGUUCUGACUGGGGUUGGGGGUGAUGAGUGAUGCCAGUGAGGGGUGGGGAGAGAAACCUGGCUCUUCUACUGGAUCCAUGCGCUGCCUAGGUUUUUAGAUCCCCCUGAGCCCAGCUCGCCGAAGCUAAGAGCGGACGGCCAAGGUGGAACUCCUUUUGCCAGAAGUGUGGCUUCAGUUCUGAGUGGACCACGCAAAGGGGUCUGCUGAAGAUGGGCUGAGAGUCUGCAGUGUAGUCUGAAUUGGGUCAGGGGCCAGCUGGCCUCCACGGGGACUUUUUUGGGCUUUACUCAUGCUGAAACAUCGUUCCAGGAAACAGUCUGUGGGACUCAUGUCCCCUAAACCACAUCCACUUUUUUCAGAAAAUCUCCACUCUAAGGAGAAGCUGCUCAGUGGAUACGUUGAGGUCCAGUGACUUAAAAGAUGGUCAUCUUUAGGUGUGAGUAGGGUUAGGCUCCCAGGAGGACCCCGGGGCCUGCAGGGUCACCUGUUGGUUUGAGCGUGUGAUCUUAUUCUUUUGUUCCCAUUGUUUGCCUAAGAAAUACUGGCCUGAAAUUGGGGAUCACAUGAGAGGUCACUUAGGCUUUAAAGAGAUGGCGCGAAGUUUGAGUAAGUUCACCUUCCUCUUUCUGUGUCUGGGAAUUGUUUAAUCCAGUUUCGGAGUUGUGAUCUGACUUCUUUAUCUUUUUGGAGAAGCUUUCAUUUUAAGGAAUUUCACUUCCUUCUUAUCCUGCUUGUACCCUCUCAUGGGAAGGCCUGCCUAUGGCUUUUGGAAUCUCAGUUGAAAGUCAGAAAACAGCAGCAGUAUAUUCCUUUUCCUAGCACUUAUAUACCUUUCCCUAGAAAUGGACUCACCUUGGGAAGCCCAGGGAAAGGAUCAGCAGGUUCUCUACCCUCCCUGGGGAUUGGGGACAGACCCACCCCGGUCAGCACGUGCCUUUUCCUCUCCUGCUCUGAGCCAGGGUGGGCAUUCCCUCUAGAUUCAGGUCUGGGCAGGGGUCUUUCAGUCUCUGCCAUGGGGCUGCUUUCCCAUCCCUUCUUCCCCCUCCCAUUUGCUGGCUGGCUCUGACCUAAUUCAAGUGUCUUGCCUUGAGGAGCCUUAAUGUCAUCAAGUGGCAACAUGUAACACUGUCCUCCAUGCCUUUCCAAAAGGACCGAGGAGAGCAGGUGAACUUUCCAAAGUGAGAGACUAACAGAUGCUUCUGUUUAAAAAAGAGGGGGCUGUGCUUUGGAUCCCCUUCUGCUGUGGCUCCAGGGGAAGAAGCUAGUGAUAGUGCAGAAGCAGAACCGGUACCACCUAGGAUCUGUUCAGAAAUCUUAGGAGAAAUCUGCUUCUCUUUGAUGGAAAGAUAUACUUAGGGAUCAAGGAGCUCUAAGAAAAUUGCAAAGAAGCCUUAAUGUUCAAGCUUCAGAGAGCUCAGAGCAAUUUUUCCCUUUCAGUCCAAGCGAGGACUCUUUUCUGUACUGAGACCUCUACUGGAGCAAGAAGGCUAGACUUCCUCAUUUUGUUACGAGAUUGGCAGCAAUAGGUCAGCUGCCCAGCAAGGGCGGGUUUCUUCUUUGUACAUGGGUGGCUUGCGGCCGAUCUGGUUAGUCCUUCCCCAGCUGCCUUUUGGCUAGCCUACUUUAGGUUGCCAAAUCGUUUUGAUAAGAGCAGAUGAUUUGGGGACGGGCUGGGUUGGCAGGAAAAGAGCAGGAUAGAUCUCUCGGGAUGGGUUCCCCCCAGGAGUAUAAAAACAAGGAGCCAGGACUGCGCUGGCAGCCAGGGAGACAGUAGUGCCUGUUAGAGUUGGCAGAGAAGGCCUUGGCACCUCUUGCAUCCAGGCAGUCUUGUGAGAUGGGGGCAUGUAGCACCAGGCAAAGAAGAACUCCAUUCUCACCUCUAUUUUGAGCUGCAGUGCUGUACUUCAGGAUGAGAAAAACACAACAACAAACUGGCGUGCGCUUUCCUUCUGUCAAAGGACAACUGUCGGGAAAGGAGAGCCGAGUUGCCAGGUGGGAGGGAGCACUGGCAGGGAGAGACGGUAAAUCUAGGAAUGAGACAUUCCUGACUCCUCUUCUCUGGUGUGUCGUGAUCCAGGGAAUGAAAAGGUAUUGGACCCUGGGUCAGUUUCCUCCUUGUGUUUUUCUUCCACCAAGUUCUCCCACACUAGGACCAGCUGCCCAUUCUGAGCUGAGGGCAGCCACUUCAACCAUUAACCUGGCUUGUUAGGAAGCCAGCCCCGCCCCUCCAGAUUGGUCCUGGCUGCUCUGUUCUGUACCAAGUUCUGGAGAAUAGUGUCAAGUUCUUAGUAGCCCUCUGUAGUUCCUACUCUCGAUUCCCAUCCUCUCCCUGCCGAGGCGAAACCAACUCUGUCUGUAGCCACAACGCACAUUUACAGCGGCACAGUGAGGUGUGAUAGAGGGGCUUUGAACCUGGCUGGCCCGGGAAAGCAGUAGGGGUGGAUAGAGCUCUCUUUCCUUCUGGGCUGUCUCCACCUGUCCCUACCCCUUCCAUGCCCCACCCUAUUCCCACCAAAAAGAAAAAAAAUUCAGGAUGUUUUUCACUGUCCAUUGCUUUGUGUUUUAAUAAACAAUUUGCAGUGACA